CUCAGGCUUUUGCCUUGUUGUCGCUCUCUCCAACACAAACGGACCACACUUUCCCAACACACCAAACCCACCAACCAUGAUUCGCUUCUUCUUGAUUCAAAAUCGGGCGGGCAAAACCCGUCUGGCAAAAUGGUACAUGCCUUUUGAGGACGAUGAGAAGCAGAAGUUGAUUGAGGAGGUGCACGCUCUUGUCUCCGUUCGUGGCUCCCAACACACAAACUUUGUCGAGUUUCGCACAUUCAAGAUUGUGUACAGACGAUAUGCCGGCCUGUUCUUCUGCUUGUGCGUGGACAUCAACGACAACAACCUUGCGUACAUGGAGGCCAUCCACAACUUUGUCGAGAUUCUCAACCAGUUUUUCACAAACGUGUGCGAGCUGGAUCUCCUGUUCAACUUUUACAAAGUGUAUGCGUUGGUGGACGAGAUGUUCUUAGCGGGUGAAAUCCAAGAAACCAGCCCCGCAAAGGUGUUGAAACGGCUGGAGAUCCUCACCACCAUGGAUUGAUCAAGCCAUGCCGCAUUUGUUGCGGGCACGACGUGUUGUGCUGUCAUCAAGCGUCCCCGGCUUCUGUUCUCAUAGUUUGAUCCACCGUUUGCUGCUGUUACCCCGUGCGCUGAUCCUUACCGCCGAUGGCUGAUGACAUCAUGUGCAUCACAAAGCCAACCCAUUCCGCGACACCUCUCCUCCUCUCUUCCGUUCUCCCCUCCCCUCCUUUUUAACUCUGUUUUCCCUCUUUGACUGUCGUUUACUUGCUUGUGUGUACAUAUGGCAGCAAGGUGCGCACAAUCGCUGUUUGCGCCUUGCGUCCUCCUCCUUCUGAUCUGUAUAAAAGUACAUGAUCCCAAUAUGGC